AUGCUUAACGCGCCAAAGUAUACGAUAAACGCAAACGAAAAUGCCAGACCUGCCAUACGCCCUCCUAAUUGGAAGGCCAAAGGGAGGCCUCAAGCCGAAGGGCACGAGCAAAGACGCGCAACAUUAUCGGAAUCACAUGAUAAUGAAGGUAGUUUGAGUAACAUCGCUUAUCUCACGAGACUCAAGCAUAGAGCUAUGAAAAACACUACGCCAACGACUGCAACCACCUCAACAGCUGCAGACAAGAAUGACACGCAAGUUUGGGUGUUGAUGAUAUAUUUCUCUGGAUACAAGGAAGUUAACUAUGAUAUGCGCUGCCGCUGUUUCGCAACCGAGGAACUUGCUCAGGUGGCAAUGAAGAGUGAAGCGCGGUGCCUUUACAGGUUAUCAAACAUUAUCCAAGAGGCCGAUGAUAAAUACUUUUACGAAACCGCAAAGAGGAUAGAUUUCGGAGAAAAUCGGGAUAGCUCUGAUUAUAGGCGUGAAUUUGGUUAUUGCCAAAUUAAACGCGUCAAACUAGAAGUUGAAUUAGACGAAAAAGACGUGUUCGUUAGCACGGAUGAGGGCGAGGAUGACGAUGAAUGUGAGCGUGAAUGA